AUGUUUUUGAACAUUGCUUGCAGGAAGCCGACUACCCGUUCUGGGUCUGGAUCAAGCAACGAUGAUGCGAGUUCCAAGACGAGCUUGGGUGCAUGGCUGAGCUUGGGAAAGAACGAGUUUCACCCGUACGAAUGUUCUCGCUGCUACCGGACCUUUCCCACUACCCAGGCGCUCGGUGGCCACCAGAAUGCCCACAGGAAGGAACGAAACGAGGAGUGCAGGCUGUUCGUGGAGGCCUGUAGAGCUCGCAAGAAGCAGAAACUUGUUGUGCCACCUCAUCCCCACACGCCGGCUGUUAGAGCUCCUGAACGGGCACCCACUCUUCCGGCUCACAACCAGACCGGGUACCCUCCUUUUCGUUAUCCCCCUCCGACUCAGCCUCCGGCGCCGUUUUCAGUUUCAGGGUCAAGCUAUGGCCCUGUAACACUGAACCUCGGCUGUGGGCCCCAGAAUGCAGGCGGUUUCAGAGGUGGUUAUAACGGUUACUACCAGGAGGCGGCGGUGGAGAUGAAAUUGCACCUGGGUGAUGGCGAUGAUGAGAGGGUGAUGAGGUGGAUUGAGGAUUCUGGAAGUGCAGUUGGUGAGAAUGGUUUGAUCAGUAACAAUUCGUGUGAAGUGAGUUCGGAGGAAGAGAUAGAUUUGACUCUUCGACUGUAA